UUUGUUUUUUGGCUGCUCCUACCUAGGUAUUUGCUGUGGUCUAGCCUGUGAGGGUCUAGCCAAGGUCCAGCCUGAAAAGAGAGCGAGCCUGUCGCCAUGCCGGCUUGCUGCAGCUGGAAUGACGUCUUGCAGUAUGAGACAAGCAAAGUCACCCGGAUCCAGAGUGUGAAUUAUGGCACCAUUAAGUGGGUCUUGCAUGUGAUGGUCUUUUCUUACGUUAGCUUUGCUUUGGUGAGUGACAAGCUGUACCAGCGGAAGGAGCCUGUUAUCAGCUCAGUGCACACCAAGGUCAAAGGAAUAGCAAAGGUGACAGAGAAUGUCAUGGAGGGUGGGGUGAUGAAGUCACUGCACAGCGUCUUUGACACAGCGGACUACACCUUCCCUUUGCAGGGAAACUCGUUCUUUGUAAUGACCAAUUUUCUCAAGUCAGAAGGCCAAGAACAGAAGCUGUGUCCCGAGUUCCCCACCGGCCGCAGUGCACUCUGUAAAUCUGACAGCGACUGUAAAGAGGGGUGGAUGGAUGCGCAAAGCAAAGGACUCCAGACUGGCAAGUGUAUACAAUAUGAUAAGAACAGGAAGACCUGCGAAGUCUUUGCCUGGUGCCCCGCUGAGGAGGGGAAAGAGGCCCCCCGGCCUGCACUCCUGAGGAGCGCCGAAAACUUCACUGUGCUCAUCAAGAACAAUAUUCACUUCCCCGGCCACAACUAUACGACGAGAAACAUCUUGCCAGAUCUGAACAUCUCUUGUAUCUUUCAUAAGACUCAGAACCCUCAGUGUCCCAUUUUCCGACUAGGGGACAUCUUCCAAGAAGCAGGGGAGGACUUUUCAGAGGUGGCAAUUCAGGGAGGAAUCAUGGGCAUUGAGAUCUACUGGGACUGCAACUUGGACAGCUGGUCCCAUCACUGUCAGCCCAAAUACAGCUUCCGCCGCCUGGAUGACAAGUAUACCAAUGAGUCUUUGAUCCCGGGCUACAACUUCAGACACGCCAAGUACUAUAAGGAAAACAACGUGGAAAAGCGGACACUGAUCAAGGCCUUCGGGAUCCGCUUUGACAUCCUGGUUUUUGGCACUGGAGGAAAGUUUGACAUCAUCCAGCUGGUUGUGUACAUUGGAUCCACACUGUCCUACUUUGGCUUGGCCACUGUAUUCAUUGACUUGAUCAUCAAUACGUACUCCAGCUCCUUCUGCAGGUCCGGUGUUUACCCGUACUGUAAGUGCUGUGAGGUGUGUGCAGUCAAUGAGUAUUACUACAGGAAGAAGUGUGAGCUGGUUGUGGAACCGAAGCCGACAUUAAAAUAUGUGUCCUUUGUGGACGAGCCCCACAUUCGGAUGGUGGACCAGCAGCUGCUUGGGAAGAGUCUGCAAAUUGUCAAAGGCCAGGAAGUUCCAAGGCCUCAAAUGGAUAUCAUGGACCUGCCUAGGCUGUCGCUGUCUCUCCAUGACUCACCUCCCGUUCCGGGACAACCUGAGGAAGUGCAGCUGCUGUGUAAAGAGGCUGUCCCCAAGUCCGGGGACAGCCCAGGCUGGUGCCAAUGUGGAAAAUGCCUCCCAUCCCGGCUACCAGAGAAUCGCAGGGCCCUGGAGGAGCUGUGCUGCCGGAGGAAGCCGGGACCCUGCAUCUCCACCUCGGAGCUCUUCUGGAAGCUUGUGCUGUCCAGACAAGCCCUGCAGCUCCUCCUGCUCUACCAGGAGCCCUUGCUGGUGCUGGAGGAAGAGGCCACCAACCGCAGGCUGCGACACUGUGCGUACAGGUGCUAUACCAUCUGGCGCUUUGGCUCCCAGGACAUGGCUGACUUUGCCAUCCUGCCCAGCUGCUGCCGCUGGAGGAUCCGGAAGGAGUUCCCCAAGACAGAGGGGCAGUAUAGUGGCUUCAAGUGUCCCUACUGACAGCAUGGCUGCCACAGUAUAGUGGCUCAUAGUACAGCUUGUCUUCUAGCCUAGAGCCACACUCUCAGACAAAGGGAACUUAGUUUUCUUCCCCCUGUAAGCUCCUUGUGUGUUGAAGACAUAGUUAGCCCAACCCCCAGGCACAUGAGCCCGCUCCACAUGGAUGAGAACCAGAUGCAGACCUAAGCCUGCAGUCUGGCCCUGGCUUUAAUGUGUACAUGGGCUCCUCUUUCCCCGGCCUGCUUUCUCUGAAUGAAUGUGAGACCAGAUUGAGACAGUGUAGGGGAUCUCUUGUAAAUGUUUACAUAGCUCCAUGGAUGCAAAGGUCCAAACAUAAAAACAAACCCUUUGGGAUUUGAGAAUGCCCUGAGAGAUUAAAGAUGGUCACAAAUCCUUUAAUUACCCCAACUCUCAAGAACCAACGCCGCUGUUUCCCCUCCCGUUAUGGCAGCUCUGGUGGCUUCAUCCAGCAUCACCAGGCUAACAGUUUCUACUUCCUGUCCCUGGAACUCUGGCUGAGGGGAAGCCAGCCCAGGUCGAGAGUCUUACUGUAGGGAGGAAGCCCCACAGAGAAGGACCCAGUCCUCUGCCAGCUCAGAUCCUCUAUGCCCAGUCACCACACGGGGAGAGAAGCUACCUUCAGGUGAUUCCAGACCCUACUAACAAGUGACGGAAACUGCAGGAGACGUGAACUGCUCUGUCACCCUAGAGGACCAUCCUCCUGUCUUAGGUCAUUACAUUUGGGGGAUGGGAGUUUGGUACACAGCAAUAGGUAACUGAGGCCUGGAGUUGCUGCAAAAUGAAAAGUCUACUGGACAGUUGCAAGAGAACCCAUUAACCCGGCCAAGAAGCCAUUAAAUCUAACUUACACAGGGUAUAAACCUGAGCCCCACUGCUACCCUAUGGCUCCAAGUGACUACUGUCACAGACAGUAAGAGCCACCUCUGUGCCUUUGACAUCCUGGACUUUACAGCCACUGAAUGUGGAGGCAACCUGCAUGUUCCUUUAAAAGGGAGCCCAGACUGCCAGUGCUCAGGAAGGUUGGGAGUUCAAGGCCAGCCUAGGCUCCACGGCAAGAUCACAUCUUUCUUUUUUUUAAGACUUAUUUUUAUGUUUGAGUCUUUUGUGUGCAUGUAUAUCUGCCCACAGUGUAUGUGCCUGGUGCCUGUGGGGGUCAGAAGAGGGUGUCAGACCCCCGGGAACUGGAAUUGCAGGUGGUUGUGAGCCACCAUCUGGGAACUGAACUUGAGUCCUCUGCGAUAGUAACACAAAUUCUUAAUUAGUGAGCUAACUCUCCAGCUUCAAAACCACCUCUUAAAAAAAAUAAAAUCAAAAUAACUAAAAAGAGGGGGAAGAGGGGCUAGACAGAUGGCUCAGAGGGUAAGAGAAUGUUUUCUGCACAAGCAUGGAGACCUAAGUUUGGAUCACAGCACCCACACCAAGAGCUGGCGCAGAGGUGAAAGAACUUUUGUCACGUGAUCUGAUGACCUGGGUUCAACCCCUGAAACCUGUGGGGGAAGUGGAGGACCAACUCCUACAAGUUGUCAUCUCACCUCCACACGGGCCACACGCGCGCGCACACACACGCGCACACACACACACACGUGUGUGUGCACACAUAUACACACUCAUACACACACUAACACAUACACAUAUACGCACACUCACAUACACGUGCACACAUAUACACACUCAUACACACGUAUAUACACUCAUACACAUACACACACUCACACACAUAUAUGCAUGUACACAUGCACAUAUACACACUCAUACACACACACACAUACAUACACACACACACACACACACACACACACGCACGCACACUAACAAUAAAUAAAUUUAAUUUUGAAGGAAAGCCAGUACCCUUCACUGUCUUCUACAAGUGCUAAGCAUGUAGGAGUGGACAGUCACAGGUUUGGGGUCUGGCCUCACGAUCUUUUUUACAGUUUUUCAGUAGACAUGGCUACUGGUUUCUAAAAGACUUCUGCAGAAUACUGUGAGUAUUAGGAGAUACUGUGACUGAUGAUCUGAGACCUUUAGAGCUACUCUGAGACUUUCCAUUUUGAGACUUCUAAGAGCUAGAAGCAAUAAAUAUAGCCUUAAAGGGUGGGGCUGAGGCAGCUUAAUAAAUGAAGGUGCUUGAACAAAGGUGAAUGAAUGAAUGAAUGAAUGAAUGAAUGUGAAUGAAUGAAGGUGCUUGCUGACAAGCCCAAUGGUCUGCCUGACCCACACGAUGGAAAGAGAGAACCAACUGCCACAAGCUGUCCUCUGACUUCCACAUGCAAGCACUGGCAUGUGACCACAGAUACAUGAUGUAAGCUUAAAAAAGAGACUUCUACUCUGGUGAUAUAGGACAGCAUGGAUUAAAAACCCAUUUUUCUUUAAAGUCCAGAGUUUUAUCUAGCUUUAAACUCAGGAACCACACUAUAUUGCACCAGCUUUGGUUUUCAUUAUUCUAUCUUCUGGAGAUGUCCUCUAAAAGUGGACUGUAUUUGACUUCAGAGUUGAACCUCUUGGUCUAAGGAUGCUAUGUAAGAGCCACAGGCAUCCCAUCUGUGGCCUCAGCAUCCUCAGACCUUCGUCUCGAUGCCUCCUUCCUAGUGACUUCCUAGUGACUCCUUGUUGAGGCCUCAGAUAGUGUAGUCCCUGAACACCUCUAGUGUCUUCUGCCUUGGUGACUGAUGCUCUGGCGAGGGUGACACUACUUUGUGUAUAGAGUGGCCCUUUCUGCAGCUGCGGUGACAUGUGCAUCCUUAUUGUGUAGGUAAUGCCUUGAGCUUUAAGUGCCCUUGCUGUUAGAUGCAUUCUGUCCUGUCAACUGCCAGGUAUUCAUGCCUUCCUUGGUCAGGAGGGAGACACGAUUCUUGAUGCAGAUGCCUGACUAUACAGAACUCAGGGUGGAUUCAUCCCUCUCUCUAAAGGGAACCAUUUUCUGAACCUUUCCUAAUUUCAGAUUGCCAAUGUAAAUUUUCUUAACUGUUUUAAUAAUAAAAAUUGAUUUUAAUUCA